GCUCCCUGGUUUCUUGUACCCUCCCGCUCAUCUUCAUCUGCAGGUUCUUCCUGUUUCUCGCAACGGACGAGCUGAGCUGCGCUGUCCGUAGUCAUUUGGCCUUCUUCUUUCGAUAGCGCAAGCGGUGACGCUUCAACGUUUGAUAACAUGCUCCUUAUCCCUUUCGCGUUCUUUGUCUUGUACACGUCCUUCCAUCCUCUGUGCGCCACUCACCCGUUUGCGCGAGCCGACUCCAUCUCGAAGUCUAGCUUUUCAGCGCCACUAAAUACUUCAAGUCUUUCGAGUAGUACGUAUUCAGGCAGUUCGUAUGUCACUGCGGGCACGACACCAACAAGUGUGUCCACGCCAACUUCGAGUGGUACACAGACUCCACCAGGUGUCGUCGAGGAUGAUGGCAGUUCGGUGUUCUUAGCUGAGACCUCACCACUAUCGCCGGAAACGGCCCCCGCUGGUCCCAAUCCUCCAGGUACCCAGUCUACCACGCCGUCGGGGACAAAUACCGCGUCAUCGGGGCUCUCAGUUACGACGACUUCAAACACCAAUUUCCCGACGACGACAGCCACCGAUUCAGUCUCGUCAGAUCCUAGCACAAUCGUCACGCAAACCUCAGGAGCACAAUCUUCCGAAUCCGUAAAUCCGACCACGUUCACUUCAGGAGAUGCAUCUCCUCCCACCUCUGGCGGUAAUCCGCCAGCAACACGUUCUGCCUCGUCGACUGCAUCAGUAUCGACCAGCGACAGUACGAGUGAUACAUUCGAAGGACCUCUGCCUUCCACCUCAUUCACCGAAACAGAGAGUCCUUCAUCUUCGUCUUCCUUCUCAAUAUACAGCAGCUUCGUUGCGUCUUCCACGGCACUCACGAGCAAGGCGGCUAUGUCCCCCAUUCUCGUCAGUCCAGUACCCUCGCGCUCGGUAACAGAUGGAUCCGCUAGCAGUGCGACCCACACCACAAGCAAGAAGUGGAUCAUCGCAAUCGCUGUCCUAGCCUCUGUGCUGGCUCUGGUUAUGUUCGUCAUUGGGAUCUGGUGGCUCCGGAGGCGACGCCUCGGGUCCGUGGGACUGGAACACGCAAGUUCUUCCGACGAUGGUCACACGUUCAGAGGGUCAGUGGUGUCGAACCACGAGCUUGCGCACUCGCCUACGAUUAUGUGCGCUGGUGAUCGUGCAUCGUAUCCUGCACUCGCGAAGGCCCUCGCAGACGCAUCAUACCCCGCAGAUCCAGAUGUCACCGACUCUGCGCAAAUCGCGCCAACCGGCCACGGAGGACCAGCUACCGGGCAGGACUGCAUGCCUGCCCGCCUGUCCCGCCUCAGCAGCAACAGCGACGGAGCCACAUGGGACGUCAACGGCAGCGCAACGGCGGCGGUCCUGACAGGAAACCGAUUCGCGGCAAUUUCACCUGUGCCACCAGCGCGUCUGGCGCCGAGCCCGACUACGCUCCAUUGGCCUGCGCAGAGCGCACAGGUGGAGUAUGCGAGUCCGAACCAGUAUGCGUCAGCUGCGGUUCCGGUCGUGCAGGCUCGGGGAGUGUCCAACAACCCGUUCCGUCAGCCCGACAGGAAGAGUACGGGUGGCGUGUUGGAAUAUGCGUAUGAUGGGAUCCAGGACGCGUCCGCUGCGAGAUCGGCGGUCCCGCGGCGAGCGUCCACGAAUCCAUUCCGCACCGCGAACAGGCCGUGGAUUGCCCACACAGUAUCUCCUCCCCCGGUACCCGCCGCUCAGCUGAACAUGACGCCUCCGUAUGUGUCACACGAUUUGCUGGAGCCCGUGCGGCCCUGGCAGCCUACUUCGAUUCCAGUCAAUCCGGGAUAUACGACAGGGCUGUCGGCCGAUGUGCAGCAAUCUCAUGUACCAUGGGUCUCAGACUCGGAGUCACCUACGCAGGCUGACAUGUGGUGGCCGGUCAUGUCUCCGACGUCGAAAAGUCGAGAAGGUGCCAUGCAGCAUACGCCGGUCGGAUCGGUUGAACCCGGACCUGGAGCUGUCUUUUGCCAUGCCAUCUAGCCCCUUCGUCGAAUACAGGCGGAGGUGUACAUACGGCGGGACUGCGGUGAAGUGGCCGUGCCUUGUAUUCUGUGCUGCACACUUCUCUGGCCACGGUGUCUGUCGAUAUGUUAAAUGACUCGGAGUAGGACGUCCGAACGCUUCGUCGGGUGUUUCAUAUCAAAAAUGUAAAUUAUCGUCCUGGUCUCCUCAAGUACAGUGCCACGAUCCUUUCCAAUCCACAAGCCCCAGC